AUGUCUUUUCUUGCGGCGCCUGGUCAAAUUUUGGAGCUGAAUAUUAUUUCGGCCCAAGAAUUGGCGCCAGUGGCACGGUUGAUGAAGACAUAUGCAAUCGCUUGGAUUGAUCCGGAGCGUAAGCUAAUGACUCGUGUAGACAAUACGGGCGGAACAAGCCCUACAUGGAACGACAAGUUUGUGUUUCGUCUAGACGAGGAAGAAAUCUACGACGAGACAUCAAUAGUGGUUAUAGAGAUCUAUGCAUUGCAUUGGUUCAAAGACAUUCACGUUGGAACGGUACAAACUUUGGUCAGCGACCUCGUUAACCCUUCUUCCGCUAUGAGAUUCGUUACCUUAGAGGUUCUUCGCGCGUCAGGCAGGCCACACGGCCUCCUAAACAUCGCGGUGGGGCUCAUCGAUAACUCGGGACAAAGCAUGCCUCUUAUGUUUGAAGAAGAUUUGUUGUUUCACAAGAAAAACGUGUCUUCGAAAUCCUUAGGACUUCGACGGUCUAAAAGUGAUACAAGCUCAAUGGUGGAUUCACCGAGGAAGGUGACACAAACCCGUAUGAGUUCUACUACAAACUCAGGCUUUGAGAAAGAUGAGUUCUCAUCCGACUCUCAGAUGGUUGUGUACGAGCCACAGAGAAAAACGCCAAAUGUAAUGGUGAAGCAAACGAAGCAUACCGUGUAUGGGACACCGAUGAGGCCAAGGAACACAAAUGCAUAUACUCCCAAAAGGAAUAGAAUUGAAUAUGGAACACCAAUGAGAUCGAGACCGGUCGUUAUUACAGAAUCUGACUUGGGUCCUUCAGCCUCAGUGGUGGCCGCCCAAAUUGCAAAGGAGAAGGCCUUGGCAGGGAGAGACGCAGAGAGUACUGUGAUAAGUGUUGGUGAACGGAGCGUUGAGGGUCUUCGUUCUAAGUUAGAAAGGUGGCAAGCUAAUUUACCGGUGGUUUUAGAUGUUGGUUCGAGUUAUCAACCAAGCUCUGACUACAAAACAAGCUCUAACUUUGUUCCUAAAUCAAGUUACAAGCCCAAUGAAACCGUCCCAAGAAAUCAACAGAUGAUCGUAGCUCCACUCCAAAAGCAAGGUGGGAGAAAGAAGAAAGGAGGAGAUGGUGGAUUGUUUUCAUGUUUUGGUAACAUUUGUGGCAUCGAGUGUUCUAUUGUUUGUGGUGGCUCCAGUGGACAAAAAGCAUCCAAGAAGAAAAAGAAAAAGAAGUGA